AUGUCGACUGAUGCCGAUCUAACAACCACUAUUAAUUAUGUCACGAUGCAGAUUAAUCGUCAUGCAGUUACAAUCUUGAUUCUCUUUGGUACAGUCGGGAAUAUACUUAAUAUUUGUGUUCUUACUGAGAAUACUUUACGUAAAAUUCCUUGUGCAAUCUAUCUUUGUUGGUCUUCGGUAUCAGCUUUGGUCUUUAUAUGGUCAGGAUUAUUAACACGAGUUUUACAAGGUUAUAAUGUCAAUUGGCCUAAUCAAAAUCCAUAUAUGUGUAAAAUUCGUCUAUUUUUGCUUAGCGUCAGCUGGGCCAUGGCUGCUUGGGCUCUUGUUGGAGCAAGUAUGGAUCGAUUCUUAUGUAGUAAUCAUUCAGCUAUUUAUCGUGGAUGGAGCACAUGUCGAACAGCAAAACGUUAUUUGAUCGGAAUUCUUACUUUCUUUGUAUUGUUAUUUGCUCAAGUAUUCUAUUGCUUUGAGGCAAGUGUUCCAAAUGUUCCUGUUGCAUGCUAUGGCCGUGAUCUUCCUUGUCGAAUCUUUAACGAUUGGAUAAGCAUAUCAGUUGAUAUUGUUAUACCAAGUAUCUUCUUAGCUGUUUUUGGCACAUUAACUAUUCGCAAUGCUCGACCACGAGUCGUUCAUCCACGAAUAAGUUCAAUUCAAGUAGCUAUUGCAAGUAAUAUUAAUAAUAACAAUAAUAAUGCAGCACCAUCCCGAAAUAAUGAUCGUAAUCUUACUCGAAUGUUAUUAAUUCAAGUAUGCAUUGUUUUUGUUUUGGAUUUACCAUUUGGAGUUUAUCGUGCAUAUGCCAGUCUAACAGCCAAUGUUUCGAAAAGUACAUAUCGUACAGCUACUGAAAAUUUAACAUAUGCUGUAGUUAUACUACUUGUCUAUUUUACUCAUUCAACUUCAUUUUAUUUGUACACACUCACUGGUACACUUUAUCGUGCAACAUUCAAACGUAUCAGAGAUCGUUGUUUCAAUCGAGGGCAAAGAAUGCAUUAA